UAAAUAAUUUGACAAACUUGAACUUACAAAUCCAUGGAUAUUCUAAAUUACUAAACUGAUAUUUUAGCAAUUAAUUCAACUGAAAACUCACUGUAAGUUUGUAGCAUGAACUAAAUGGUUCAAACUAAAACUGUAAGGAAGAUGGCUGGUUACUGUUAGUCAAGUUUUCUUAUGACCAAACUGAUUCACUGUAUCACGAGAACAUGCUGCACUCUGUCUGAGAUGUGAAGAAGAAACUUUGGCACACAGAUUCUGCCUGUCAAUUUCUAUCAGCUUAGUCAAAUCACACUUUUCAGACCCACUUUUCAGUUACACUCACCUCACUCUAUCUUAAUAUUUCAUCAGCAGAGUAUUGUAUGUCUAUGUGUUGCUUUUCUCUCUCCAGAUGCUAUUUAAAGGAAGCAAUGAAGGAGAGAAAGAAACACAGUAGAGGAAGAAGCACUAAAGUAGGAGUCUGUUACUUACAAAAAUGUUAAGAAAUGGUCACGAUCAGCUCGUAAAGAUUGAGACACAUGUUCUUAAAGUGCACAUUAACUGUGAAGGUUGCAAGGAAAAAGUGAGAAAGAAGCUCAAAAGAAUUGAAGGUGUAUAUUCAGUGGAGAUCGAUACAGAAAACCAGAUGGUGAUAGUGUCAGGUUCUGUGGAUCCUUCUACCUUACUGAGGAAGUUGGUCAAAUCUGGUAAAAGGGCAGAGCUUUAUCCUCCAAGUUCUAUCAGAAAACUGAAACAGGAACAAGCUAACAUGAACCAGAUUCAGUUUCUAGCCAAUGAAAUAAAUACCCCUAAGAACCAGUACAGGUUUCCUGUAUCCUUUAUGAAUGAAAUUGGAGACAUGAGGAGCUUUGAAAAUUUUCCUAACCAAAAUAUUGGAAUGAAGGCUGUUGGUGCCGCGAUUGCUCAUCAUGAUCUGAUGGCAGCGAACAGGAUGGGAAAUAUCUACAUGGAUGAGGAUAUCUUUGCUAGUGAUGAGGGAUGGGACGAUGAUGAUAUACCAUCCUUGAUAACUGAUGCAGAUGAUGAGGAAAAUGGCAACGGUUUUCCUGGAUUAAAAGGGCAUGAAUUCAAUGGGAUGCCAAGUUAUGAUAAACAUAAUAAUCUACCACCCCUGAUAAUGGCCAACAGGCAGCAGCAAGGGCACUACCACAACUACCCAUUGACACAAAGGAAUUAUCUUUACAGGCAAGGAGGGCAUGUCAAUGAAAACAUGACAAAUGAUAUUUACAUGCAUCAACCUCAUGUGAUAAAUAAUGCACUUUCAAUGUCUACUCUCAAAACUGAAUACAAUCCCUAUGCUGCAUAGCAAUCCUACUAAUAAUGACAAGUAGGAACUUCUACUAAUCGAGUACUAAAUAAGUAAUGAUGUUAUUGAUAUAUGGUAUGGUAUGAUAAGGAUUUCAUAAAUGAAAGCUUGUGGAAUUUCAGUU